CCCUCUUUGUCCGGCAACGAGCAGGCCGUAAUUAACAUGGCCAAUUUCGCGUUUGGGGAUAAAUAUUAAAUCGUAAGUCUAUUUGACAUUGAUUGUUUGUCAUAUGCGGGUUGACAUCCAUGACUUGAUGCAACAGUCGGGUGUAUAUGAAUGAGCUGUAUGAGCAGCGUUUACCGUCUUACCUUGCUUGCUGAUGGCUAAACGGCUAGCGGUAGCUAGCUCGCGAAUUCAAAUCACGUUUAAAUUAAAUUCAAACGCCUAACGCGUCAUUUACAGUCGCACUGUAUUUUCGAAUCGAACGCAGUUUAAAAUGGGGAAGAGCUCGGUGUGCUUGCAUCUGAAUGAUAUUUAGACGGCCGUCCAGGUAGAAACACAUCUGUAUGUGAUCACAUUGCAGGCAGGCAGAUGUGUAUUCACAUUCAGUCCAUCCCAAUCACGGCUGGUUUGCGUGCUUGCAAAGAUCUUUUGGUUAAUAACUCAACAUCUUCAGACGUAUCUGCGAUGCUCAUCCAGAUCGCGUUAUUAUUUGGGGGGUGCAUGCGUGUAAACGUGCAGAAGAUGAUAAAUCUGACUCAAACCAUUAAUGCAUCCUUCAGACAUGUUGCCGAGUAGGUGCCUGAUCUCUUUGGCCCAUCGGUACAGUUAAAAAUUAAGCAUUUCACGCGCAAUUCCUGGGGCUUCGGGGUGAUACUCGUUGGACCCGAGGAGGUUUAAGUCAAAUAAACUAAUUUCUGUAAAUGAACGGUGUCAUGGCACCGCACCGACAGUCAUUUUAAUGGCGGGACAGCAGGCGGGACAGACUCAAGGAAAACGAGGCAAAGGUUCCCAGAUGAAGAGCCCAGAGAAAAAGAAGAGGAAGUCCAACACUCAGGGGGCAGCAUUCUCCCACCUCUCUGAGUUUGCACCCCCUCCUACUCCGAUGGUUGAUCACCUGGUGGCCUCUAACCCUUUUGAUGAUGACUUUGGUCCGCCAUUGCGAUCUGGUGGAGGGGGUGGUCCAGGUGGUGCCUCUUUUCUGCCCAGUCCAGGGGGCGGUGGAGGUGGCUAUGGUGGACCCGGUCGAAUGGGAGGAGGUAUGGGAUUCAUGGGUGGCCCAGGUGGACCUGGAGGCGGACAGCCUGGCCGACGACCCCCUUUCGGUCCGCCAACGCCAAAUACUGGACCACACCACCCACUUGGAUUUGGGGGCAUGCCAGGCUUUGGAGGUGGUGGUGGAGGAUUUCCACCAGGAGGCCCAUCCCAGUUUAACAUGCCACCCAAUUUCAGCCCACCCAUGCACCCUGGGCAGGGCUUCAAUCCAAUGUUGUCACCUGGAGGAAUGGGUGGCGGUCCAGGAGGUGGAGGAGGUCCACCUCAUCCAAGGUUUGGGAUGCCUCAGCAACAGCCUCCACAUGGACAAGGUGGCCAUCCCUUCAACAGCCCGCCCUUACCUGGCGGCCCUGGCCCUCGUGGGCCUCCGCACGGCCCCAUGAACGCUAUGGGGGGUAUGGGAGGAGGAAUGAACAUGAUGGGCAUGGGUGGUGGGGGUAAUAUGGUGGGUGGACAUCCAGGUAUGCCUCCACAAGGACAGUUCCCUCCUCCACAAGAUGGCCCGUACCCUGGAUCAAGUCCUCCUGUUGGUGAAGAGGGAAAGAACUUUGGUGGUCCAGGUGGUGGUCCACCUGUUCCCUCUCAACAGCAACCACCUAACCUUAACCCCUCCGGUCCUCCAUCCAACAAUGCCACUCCUGGUCCGUCCCCAGCCCCUGGACCCCCACAGCCCGGAGGAGGUUUCCCAGGUCAUCCAGAUGUCCAACAACCCAACCCCAACACUCCAGGACAACCCCAGUCGGCUCCUCAACCCCCCAAUCCCAACUCGUCCCCCACUGGCCCCCAUAACGGUCCCCAGCCUCAACAGGCACCAACCAAUCAGCAUCCUCCACCCAACUCCACUGGUGGCCCUGGCCCCAACACCCCAUCCAAUCAGCAGCAACCAACGCCACCAAACUCCGCUCCAGGUUCAGUGCCCUACAACCAGCAGAACAAUACUCCUGGAGGUCCAAUGCCAAACCAGCCACCCAACUCCACCCAGAACAACCUUAACAACAGCAGUGGUGGCAACACCCCAGGUAGCAACCCCAAUCCUCCAUCCAACUCCAACUCCACGCCCAACACCCAAUCCCCGCUUCCCAGUGGGCCCGCUCCACCCUCUGCUGGCCCUGGCUCCGGUCCCCCAAAGCUAGGUGGAGGCAUGGUGUUCCCUUGUGGCCUCUGUCUGUCAGAAGUGCACGAUGACCAAGAGGCCAUCUUGUGUGAGGCUUCCUGCCAACGAUGGUUCCAUAGAGACUGCACAGGCCUAACUGAGCCAGCGUAUGGGCUGCUAACCAGGGAGAGUGCCGCGGUGUGGGCUUGCGACUUCUGCCUCAAGACAAAGGAGAUUCAAGCUGUUUAUGUGCGCCAGGGACUGGGACAGCUGGUGGCUGCAAAUGAUGGCUAAAGGAGAGAAGAAGAUCGGGGAAGAGGGAUGUUUGAUUUAUUUCUUGGUGCUUUAUGUCUUGUGUUUCAUGGUGAGAAAGUGAAAUGAAAGUGAAGAAUUAAUCCACCAGAGGAGAGCGAGACAUACAGAUAAAACUGAACUUCUUAAUCUGAUGUUACUUCUUGCAUUUGUUUCUUCACAGACCUCAUAAGCACUUUUAGGGCCCAUAUCUCUGAUUAAAAAGCAUUGUAACAGAUGUUGGAAAUGUUAUAGAACAUCAUGACACAUUUUCAAAAUUCAGCUGUUUUUGCACUCAUAGGUCUUCAUUUCACCUUGGUGACAAAUUUGGAGAAGCAGAUUGAUCCUGGCCACAGUAAAAAGCAAAAUUCAAUAUGUUUGUACAAUAAUUUAACCCUUUGUGUGAUUAUACCCAAGAUCAGCCUCCAAAGAGCUGUCCAAUUUUUUUCUUUCUUUACAAAAUCCAUCUUGCUGAUCUGCAAAGCACUGAUGCCAACUUGCUACCUCAAAAAUUUUGACAUGUCUGGCUAAGAAUGCUUUGAUUAAGUCAAGA